UAGUGAGUUAGAGGAGGUGUAUAGUGUAGUGACGUGGAUCACUAUAAUCACUGCUGCUGCUGCUACACUAACAACCUCACCUUCAUUCUCAACUUGUCUUCUCCUUCCAUCACUGUUAAUGUACCACAGCAAGAGGACAUCACACCACCUUAACUAAUUUAUGCACACUCCAGUACAACCAUCGACUUCAGUACCAAUACCUCUACCAUCUGCCUCAUUCCAGUAGGGUCACAGCAUAACUCUCCAUUCUCCACAAUCAUCCACAAACACCAGCACCCACAAUUUAAGAACUUGGCACCAACAUCAAUUAUGGGUGAGGACCGUGUACCACCAGGAUUAGUCGGAGCCGUUGACAGUAUUAAAGAAGCUCUGAAAGCUGGUCGCACAGAUAUCUUUCGAAAACUAUUAGAUGCUUGCGAAGUCACAAGUUACGGUGGUGGGAGAGAAGAGAGGAAACAAUUGAUAAAUUCAUUAGCAACAGAAGAUGGUACCUUCUUGCAUAUGGCAACUAAGCUUGGUCGAGGAGACAUCAUACGAGCAUUAUUAGCUGUAGGUGCUGACCCUGGGGUGCAGGACAAUGAUGGCAACACACCUCUUCAGCUAGCACCUUCACAAGCCAUCACUGCCAUCUUCACCGAAGAAUUGCUUCGGGCCACUGCACAGUCCGAUGUUGGGCGUGUAUGUCAGCUGACUGCAGCUGGACUUAGUAUUAACUCCCAUGACAACCCACUUAGUCGUAAUACUCCUCUGCACUGGGCAGCGUCCUUUGCUGACAGCGAUACUCUUACAUGUCUAAUUGCUCGUGGGGCAGAUGUGAAUGCAGCCAACAGUGAUGGUGCAACUUCCCUGCAUGAUGCUGUUGCUCGUGGAGAUGAAAAUAUUGUGAGGAUUCUUUUGGACCAUGAUGCUAAUCCACACAUCCAGUGCUACAAGGGACGCCACAAAGGGAAGACACCCCUGGAAAUGGCAUCAAGGAAGCCACAACUUCAGGAACUAAUGCAACAAUAUUUCUUGGAAAAUAAACCAGUACAAGUCAAUGGCAUUGAUAAUGGUAGUGUUUCUCCAUUAUUGGAGCGGCAGCUUGCAUUGUCUCGAGGAGCAUCUGGUUCCCUGGAGUCUUUAGCAAGUAUGGGUGCUGACAGUGUUAUGACAGGUGUGGAGGCUGGCACUAGUGAUGGCAUUCCCCCAAGAAAGCCUUCAAUAGGUACUCCACAGUCUCGUUCCCCUCUACAGUCCUCUUCAUCAUUAGAACUCAGUCCACGCAUGGAGCAGGUAUGUGAACGUUUAGCCUCUGCUCAACUAACAGCACCACCUCGACGUCUAGUAACCCACUCAUCACUACAUAUGUUGUGGCCACAGCCUCGUCGUAUCAUUGAACUGAGUGGCCCGGGAUGGACUCCCCCUUCACACACCACUCUGGCUAUUGUUGCUGGAACAGUACCUGUGCAUAAGAUAGUGGAUGUAUGGGAUAUCCAUAAAGGCUGGCUAGAAGAAGUUGGUUGUCAUGUUAGUCUAGGAGCAGUGGUGGGUGCUCGGGACCCUCCGACCUCUCAUACCUUUACUUGCAUAGUGGAUGCAGCGCUCACCAAUCAUCCACAUCAGUACACACUUGCCAUACAGGAGAGCAAAGUGACAAUGGUAUGUGGGUCACUUGAAAGCCUGCACAGUGCUCUUGUGACACUUGUUCAACUGUUGCGUGUGUGCACAUCCUGCAGUGAAGCAACUGAGAAAGGUGCUGUUCCUCCAAUAGUUAUUAUUGAUCAACCAUCACUUGCUCAUCGAGGAGUCUUAUUAGAUGUUUCACCACAUGCUCGUGUUCCAACGUUGGAACGUGUAUGCCAGAUGGUGGACUCAUUGCUUGCCCUGAAAAUGAACCAGCUGCACCUCAUGUUACGUGUGUCACCUGCAGCCUGCAGUCUUCCCUACUCUCCCAGUGAAGUUGUAUCACUUGAUCGUUACUGUGAUGACCGAGGAAUAAGCUUAGUGCCAGCAUUUGAUGUAGAAGGAACAGUGUCCACUACUCAGCUGAAUGCAGUGACAACAACCAUAUGUGCAACUCUCACCCAUUUUCCUUCUAUAAGAUACGUACACAUAGGUCCCAGGCUGACAGCAUUACUGGCAGAGGCCAGUUCUGGAGACAGUAUUGUGUCAGAUAAUAUUGCCUGCUUGAGUCCCUGGGCACAGCUGGGCCUCCCAAAGUCAACAUUUCUUCUGGUAUGUGCUAAUGUUUUCCAUAACAAGAUGCAGCAGUUAUCUUCUCUCCCUCCAACGGCCAUUUUGGUGGAAUAUGGUUUUCAGGCUGAUUAUGACUUUUCUCGAGGUGUUCAACUUGCGGUAGAGACUGGGCGACCAUUGGCAGUGUGUCCUGGUACUGCAGCUUGGAGCAGUUUAAGUGGGUGGCCAGAGGCUGGGGUGAGCAAUGUGUACAGUGGUGUGGUGGGAGGUGUGGAUGGUGGGGCAGGUGGUGUAGUUGUUGCCCAUUGGUCCAGUAGUGCUGCUCUCACACCAUUAGUGUUUGCUUGGCCCCCAAUACUUGUAGCUGCUGGACUGUCAUGGAAUCACAACACACACUGGGAUUAUGUUCAUUCAUCAGUUGGAGCUUUGGUGGACACUCACUUAGUACGUGUUCCUGGGUGUGGCUUUGGGGCAGCUUUAGUGGAGCUGGGUCGGUGUGAAACUUGGGUAACUCGUAUGGCUAGGGGUCAACCAACGUCAGAUGUAGGAGAUCUGCCAUCCUCAUCUCCUGGUUCAGCACUUUACCAACUCCUGGCUGAUCCUGAUGCGCUUUCCCUGGACAAUCUGUCUACAGAAGUGUUCACUAGUGUGAUGCGUCAUGUACGUCGUGCAGUACGUGAAACUGGAAGUAUUGUGCCUGGAACAACCUCCCUUUCAGGCAUAUCUAAGGUGAUUACACCUAGCACCGGCCAAACUACGACAUCUCCCUGGCCCCUGGUGACACUAGUGAUACUGGAACUGCACCUUGCUAUGGAUAUGAUCCUCACAGCUUGCAGCUGUGUCAAUCCAGGUGUUGGGAAUCUGCCUCCGACACUGCGCACAGAUCUUGCCAAUAAAGUAUUAGCACUGCGUGAGGUGUACAGCUCUGUGUGGAUGCAGGGUCAACAGGCUGCAGGUCUCCAGUCAUCAUUAUUGGUGCUCACCUCCUUACUUGCACGUCUACUUCCUGACCACUCUUUACAGCCUUCAUGAAAACGUCAGCAUCUUUUUUGCUCCUGUCCAGAACAUAUUUUAGUGAAGAACAUCUAUUUAUUUUUACUCCUUUCUGAACAUGUUGGAUACCAUUUGCAUUAUCCCAUUUCUGUUAGAUCUGCACAAAUUAUUGAAAUUAAUCUAAUGGAUCAUACAAAGAUCAGAUACUAUAAACAAUUUGCUUCUAGGCUAGCACAAGUUUGUAGUGGACAGACUGAAUACUCUACUGUUAUUUUAACACUUACAAAAAUAGUACAAGAACACAGAGGAUGAACUGACUGUAUAUAUUUUGUAGCUUAAAAACUUUUUAUAUACAGUAUUUCAUGAAAUAGUUUCAAAAUUGUUAAAAAACAAAAUGGAGAGGAAAAUGUUGGAGGGGUGUUAUAGGAUUGUUUAAUAAGAGGAAGAUUUGAAUAGUAAUUAGAGGAAAGAUGUCAUCGUGUGGUAGGGACAGGGUCAGUGGUAACAAUUUUCACAAAUGGUUUACUUGAGGAAAUAAAGAAUUGUCAUAUAUUUAAUUGUCUCUGGUUAUGCACAAUUUUUUAGUAAAAUAAGAAAAAAUCUCAACUAAAAAUUUGCAGGAUGACUUGAAUGGGCUGAAUAGAUGGAGUAGAAAAUAGAUGGUAGAGUUCACUGUGGAAGAAUGUCAAGUGGUGUGGAUGGGAGAAAAUGAAAAUGUGUCCCAUGCAGAUUUUAGACUUAGGUAAAAAAUUUUAUUACAUCUAACAGAAAGAUCUUGAAGUGUUAAAUAUUUUAACCAGAUCUCAAGUGCAGUGGUAAGUCAUAUGAAACAUUGUGAUUUUAGGUUAUCUCUUAAAUGUAUAUGUGGAUGCAAAAGUGCUAAAUAAGAUACAGUAUAUACAUUGUCUGAGUCAAGAUGCUUAUUCAGUUGCCAUUUGAAUUCAGGUUUGCUCCAGGAAGUGGUAAUCUACUGUAUGGAGUAAUUAGGAGAUGGGGUUGGGUUACAAAAGGUAAAUUUGGAGGGUUGAGGAGGGAAUGUUUAGGUGAUUUUGGCAUUAAGAGAGGUUGGAGCAAAAUAUGAUGAUCAAAACAGUGUAUAAGUCUGGAGUGGAAGGAAGUAGGAACAGGAGUUGUCUCAAGAAGGGUUGAAAUAAGAGGAUUAAGGAGGUUUUGAGUCUUAGGGACUUCAGUGUUCAGCAGGCUCAGGUAAGCACGUUAGAUAGGAGUGAGUGGGGAUAAGGAAUUUUUAAUGCUUGUUGUGCUGUUAGAAUAAUAGCAAGGUAGCACUUAUAAAGGCAUUCAGGGAAACUGGUCAGCUGGACUUGAGUCCUAGAGGUAGAAAGGGCAGGGUUUGCACUCUGAAGGAAGGGUGAGAAUGUUGCAGGUCAGAGGGGUAUUUGAAUUGUCAUGUAUGUGCACUUUUGGCAAGACAACUCUUGAAUUGUGCAUUUAUGAAAUUGAGUAAUCUAAUGUUCAGCUUUUAUGUGAUUGCACUAUUUUUUUUUUUUUUUUUUUCACACUGGCCGAUUCCCACCAAGGCAGGGUGGCCCGAAAAAGAAAAACUUUCACCAUCAUUCACUCCAUCACUGUCUUACCAGAAGGGUGCUUUACACUACAGUUUUUAAACCAACAUUAACACCCCUCCUUCAGAGUGCAGGCACUGUACUUCCCAUCUCCAGGACUCAAGUCCGGCCUGCCGGUUUCCCUGAACCCCUUCAUAAAUGUUACUGUGCUCACACUCCAACAGUACGUCAAGUAUUAAAAACCAUUUGUCUCCAUUCACUCCUAUCAAACACGCUCACGCAUGCCUGCUGGAAGUCCAAGCCCCUCGCACACAAAACCUCCUUUACCCCUCUCUCCAACCUUUCCUAGGCCGACCCCUACCCCGCCUUCCUUCCACUACAGACUGAUACACUCUUGAAGUCAUUCUGUUUCGCUCCAUUCCCUCUACAUGUCCGAACCACCUCAACAACCCUUCCUCAGCCCUCUGGACAACAGUUUUGGUAAUCCCGCACCUCCUCCUAACUUCCAAACUACGAAUUCUCUGCAUUAUAUUCACACCACACAUUGCCCUCAGACAUGACAUCUCCACUGCCUCCAGCCUUCUCCUCGCUGCAACAUUCAUCACCCAUGCUUCACACCCAUAUAAGAGCGUUGGUAAAACUAUACUCUCAUACUUUCCCCUCUUUGCCUCCAAGGACAAAGUUCUUUGUCUCCACAGACUCCUAAGUGCACCACUCACUCUUUUCCCCUCAUCAAUUCUAUGAUUCACCUCAUUUUCAUAGACCCAUCCGCUGACACGUCCACUCCCAAAUAUCUGAAUACAUUCACCUCCUCCAUACUCUCUCCCUCCAAUCUGAUAUUCAAUCUUUCAUCACCUAAUCUUUUUGUUAUCCUCAUAACCUUACUCUUUCCUGUAUUCACCUUUAAUUUUCUUCUUUUUGCACACCCUACCAAAUUCAUCCACCAAUCUCUGCAACUUCUCUUCAGAAUCUCCCAAGAGCACAGUGUCAUCAGCAAAGAGCAGCUGUGACAACUCCCACUUUGUGUGUGAUUCUUUAUCUUUUAACUCCACGCCUCUUGCCAAGACCCUCGCAUUUACUUCUCUUACAACCCCAUCUAUAAAUAUAUUAAACAACCACGGUGACAUCACACAUCCUUGUCUAAGGCCUACUUUUACUGGGAAAAAGUUUCCCUCUUUCCUACAUACUCUAACUUGAGCCUCACUAUCCUCAUAAAAACUCUUCACUGCUUUCAGUAACCUACCUCCUACACCAUACACUUGCAACAUCUGCCACAUUGCCCCCCUAUCCACCCUGUCAUACGCUUUUUCCAAAUCCAUAAAUGCCACAAAGACCUCUUUAGCCUUAUCUAAAUACUGUUCACUUAUAUGUUUCACUGUAAACACCUGGUCCACACACCCCCUACCUUUCCUAAAGCCUCCUUGUUCAUCUGCUAUCCUAUUCUCCGUCUUACUCUUAAUUCUUUCAAUAAUAACUCUACCAUACACUUUACCAGGUAUACUCAGCAGACUUAUCCCCCUAUAAUUUUUGCACUCUCUUUUAUCCCCUUUGUCUUUAUACAAAGGAACUAUGCAUGCUCUCUGCCAAUUCCUAGGUACCUUACCCUCUUCCAUACAUUUAUUAAAUAAUUGCACCAACCACUCCAAAACUAUAUCCCCACCUGCUUUUAACAUUUCUAUCUUUAUCCCAUCAAUCCCGGCUACCUUACCCCCUUUCAUUUUACCUACUUCCUCACGAACUUCCCCCACACUCACAACUGGCUCUUCCUCACUCCUACAAGAUGUUAUUCCUCCUUGUCCUAUACACGAAAUCACAGCUUCCCUAUCUUCAUCCACAUUUAACAAUUCCUCAAAAUAUUCCCUCCAUCUUCCCAAUACCUCUAACUCUCCAUUUAAUAACUCUCCUCUCCUAAUUUUAACUGACAAAUCCAUUUAUUCUCUAGGCUUUCUUAACUUGUUAAUCUCACUCCAAAACUUUUUCUUAUUUUCAACAAAAUUUGUUGAUAACAUCUCACCCACUCUCUCAUUUGCUCUCUUUUUACAUUGCUUCACCACUCUCUUAACCCUCUCUUUUUCUCCAUAUACUCUUCCCUCCUUGCAUCACUUCUACUUUGUAAAAACUUCUCAUAUGCUAACUUUUUCUCCCUUACUACUCUCUUUACAUCAUCAUUCCACCAAUCGCUCCUCUUCCCUCCCGCACCCACUUUCCUGUAACCACAAACUUCUGCUGAACACUCUAACACUACAUUUUUAAACCUACCCCAUACCUCUUCGACCCCAUUGCCUAUGCUCUCAUUAGCCCAUCUAUCAUCCAAUAGCUGUUUAUAUCUUACCCUAACUGCCUCCUCUUUUAGUUUAUAAACCUUCACCUCUCUCUUCCCUGAUACUUCUAUUCUCCUUGAAAAUUAGCUCUGUUAUUAGUCACCAUUGAAAGUGAUUAAUGAAAUACUACAUCAUUAGUGUUAUUCCUACAGUCAUUGAAAUUUUGCUGCUGGUUUACCACAGGGUGGCAGUCCUCACAGAAGUCCAUAAGAUUUUAUAUACAACUAUUGUACUAAACUGCACUCCCGCAUACCAAGAUAUUUAUGCUGUAAACUUAAGACAAAUACAGUGGACCCCCGGUUAACGAUAUUUUUUCACUCCAGAAGUAUGUUCAGGUGCCAGUACUGACCGAAUUUGUUCCCAUAAGGAAUAUUGUGAAGUAGAUUUGUUCAUUUCAGACCCCCAAACAUACACGUACAAACGCACUUACAUAAAUACACUUACAUAAUUGGUCGCAUUCGGAGGUGAUCAUUAUGCGGGGGUCCACUGUAAUUUGUGGCUCAUGGGUUGUCUCAUGAUAUUUAUAGUACUGUGUUGUAUUAUCCUACAUUUUGUAUAUAUUUGUACUUAAUGUUUUGAUAAGAUUUUUUUGUCUUAUUAUUGUUGUUGUUGUUUCUUUUUUAAUUACCAAGAUUUCCUGUACUGUACUAAGAAACAAUAAAAGUGAUGGUGAAUGCCUUGUAAGUUCAUGAAAUUACUUAUUUUUGGUAUAUGCACCAAGCAUGUGAUAACUUCACUUCACUUACUGUAGUGAGAUUUGUAGUUAUUGUAGAGUUGUUGAAACUUAUUGCUUCCUGUAUUUUUAUAUUUGAAUUAAGUAAUAAGAUAUUUGCAAGGAUUUGCUUGUCGGAGAUGAUUAAAUCAAUUA